AUGUGCACGCGCGCGAGCGUCCUGCUGCUCCUUCCGGAACUCCUUGGCUUUCUUGGCUCCGCCGCUGCUGCUGCUGCUGCUGCUGCUGCUGCAGGUCCCGCCUCAGCUGCUGUGCGGCCUGCCGGGGAGGAGAAGUCAUGGGACUUUAGUACGUCGUCGUGGUCUGGUAUGCUCAGGGUCCGGACCGUGGAGAUCGGCUGGCCUGGGACAAGCCUCUGGGGAGAGCCCUCGACACUACCGGCAGCAGCGGAGUCUCAAGAUCGAACACGUGUGAAUUUUGUGUGUCUGAUAGGAGCAGGGGAGGAAGGCAGAGCAGCUCUUGUCUUGCGAGAAGACACAAGUGAUGGUCUCAUGGCUGGCUUGAAAACCCGAAGACAAGUGUCGUCAAGUCAUGAAGGGCUGGCACGUUUGCCCCAAAUCAAGCGUCAGAAGUCUGCGGCUGUCACUUCCGCAGACUUCAAUGGCUCACCAGAAACCCGAACUUAUGGAGAACACGAAGAAAGAGAUUCUGAGCAAAGAGUUCGUGGUGCUCUUCACUUGCUACAGGAAAUUGACAAAUUAUGAUGAGCCAUUAACAUCGCCAUCCGUCCGAAAACCAUGGCUCUGCUCAUUCGACCUAAUCAAUACUGAAGUAGUGUGGUGUAUCUUAUUUACCGAGUCCUGAUCGCUAUGAAUAAACCCUUACGCCAACCCUCGUGCUAAAAGAAAUGCAGAACCUAUCCCAAAACAAACAGCCAACCAAGGUCGAGGUAAGCACAGCAACGCUGUCUCCAUCCACAGUGCACGCGCGCAAGCCAUCACCGAUCACGGUCCUGUUCGCCACGAUCGUCCCUGCGCUGGGUCGAACGGGGUCGCAGAAUGCCAGUGAUCAUAGUCAGCCAGUUCUCCUGCCGAUUGCUCGUCAAGGAACUGACUCCGCGCUCAACGUCGGGAUCCUCACGAUCUUCUGCACUAGCUUGAGAGCUA